CAAAUGGGACUGUCAUCAAGAAUGGGUCCUGCGUGGCCCCUGGGGACUGCCAAAAAGAUGUCUACUCCUUGACCUAUGGUCCCGGCUUGAGUCUCUGGAUCCGCACAGCCUGUUGUGAAGACAACUGUAGCAGUGUUACCCCACAAGAAGCAAGACCCAAAGCCCAGCCCAAUGGGGUGCAGUGUCACUACUGUUCCAUGAAUGAGUCGGCCCUGUGUGACUCCCUUUCGGUCAUGAACUGCACUGGAAACCAGACCGUGUGUUUCACCCUCAAUGGGACAUGGCAUGGAGGGACCCCCCAGAUCCUGAAAGGCUGCGCUACACCAGAGAUCUGCCACUUGCAAGCAAACACCACCCUGGGCCCGGAAGCGUCUGGAUUUCAUCUCAUCACCAAGCCCGAAUGCAACAGUGUGACUCCCACCACCCAGCCAGGUCCCUACACGGCCCACACCAAGGCUAAGGUCACCAUGUGUUUCACCUGCUCAGACCUCCACCAUUGCAACCCUCUCCCUUGCACUGAACACAGGAACCACUGCCUUCAGACGGUGGGCAUCACAGUCCUAGGGGCAACUAACUCUGUCGCUUGGAGAAACGGCUCCUGCGUGGCCUCCAAGGAUUGCAUGCCUGACAACUCCAUCUCUGCCUUGACCUACAGCCUCGGUUUUGGCUUCUGGGUCAACACUACCUGUUGCCAAGGCAACUGCCAAGAGCCCAGUCCUCUCGCUGCCCUGCCAGCCUCAGGCACCCGGAGUAAGUUCCUGUGUCCCACAUGUCCUGGGGGCCACUCGGGGCCCUGCAGCCCCGCCUUCUACAUGCAGUGUCCCAGCAGGGAGACCGAGUGUAUCCACGUGAACCUGGUGUCCGAAUUUCAAUCAGUAGGAACAAAGGAUCCACUGCCCUUGGAUCUCCUUGGAAGGGACUACACCAGGUCUUCCUGA